AUGGACGCGGCAUCUAGAGUCUUGUCCUAUGCUGGCUGGGCUUUCCUCCCAGGAAACCUUUACUACCGCAUUACCAUCAGUGCUGGCACACCACACCCUCAGCCCGGCUCAGAGCGGCAUGCCCGUCACCGCCGGCGCAUCCAUGUCGCGGUGAUUAGCAGCUACCUGCUGUACACCAUCUACGAAGAAUACCACAGCCUCCGUGUGGCCCCAGACUUCUAUCAAAUACUAGGCGUACUGCCUACAUCGGACGAGCGGACCAUCAAAUCACGCUUCCGCCGACUGGCUACUGUAUUCCAUCCCGACAAGGCACGACAGAAUGGUUUAGGCUCGACUGCUGAGGAUGGGGCGAAGGCGGAUGAGUUCUUUGUGCUGUUAAAGCUGGCUCAGGACACGCUGCUUGACCCAGUCAAGAGGUUUGCGUAUGACCGGUUCGGGGCUGGGGUAGUGGUACGGCCGGAAGGUCCAAGUAAGACGCUGAGCAUGGCCACCUACUUUUACGAAGGCCUUUAUGCGCUUGCACCGCAGUACCUUGUUGGUUUUCUGCUGAUGGUGCUGCUCAACACCUUCUGGUUCUCUGCUUGGGGUAGAUACUGGCGGUUCUAUACGUUUUUUGCACUGCUGACACUGGAGCUGACGCUGCUUACCCACCCGAAUGCAACCUUCAUGCCAGGUGCCUACCUGCCAGCUAUGCUCAGCAAUCUCCUGGGGCUGGACCGCUUCUAUCUGCUGCCGUUCCAGAUGCUGUCUCUUGCGCGCUCGGCGUCGAUGUCCAUGAACGUCUUCAUCUCGCAGCUGGCGCCGCCCGAGGCUAGUUUGCAGGCCGGCCGGAGCAAGGGGCGAGGAGGAGGAGAAGGGCUGAGCGUGCAGGCGCAGAAACAGCUGACGCAGAUCGUGCAGCUGGCCCAGGCACAAGACGCAGAGAGCGCCAAGCUGCUCGGGAUGGACAUGCUGCCCUUCCGGGGGGACGUGGACAGGGUAGGCCGGCUGCGGCGAGGCAUGAAGGAGCGUCUGCGCAGAGAGGAGGCUGGCCAGGCUCCCGAGGUGCAGCAGGCCAUCGCCGCCGCCAAACAAGGGAGGCAACAGGGCCGGAACGAGCAGCAGUAG